AUGCAAGAUGUCUUCCAGAUCCGACCGUUCCAGUGGCGUGGGUGCUUCUUCGCUAAUACUUCGAACACCACUAAAAUAAAGCAGAAGUCGAAACGAAAGCACUCGAAAGCGGACUCGUACAAUUCCCUCCCGCCACAACCAGAGCUAUCGGAGGCAUAUGAAGAAGAGUCAGUCGAAGAAACAUGGCCGCCUCCAAGCUUCUUGUUCACGAUCAAUGAGUUGCCAGUGAAUGACGAACCAACGCAACGUACUAUUGAGCUAUUGGUGCCGCUUGCUGACCUCGAGCUACUAUUACAGGGAGGCGAACCACCCCGAGUGGACGAAUACGGGAACUGGCAUCCACCUAUUCGUAGCAAUGGAUUUGGUACGCAGGUGCCUAGUAGAAUAUACAGAUGGGCGGAUGGCGGUCGUGUCUCCGCCGCACGCGAAUGCCAAUGGUUCAACAACCAAUGGUGGUCACAAGCCGGGAACGAGCUCACGGAAUACAGAGCAUCAACUAUGUUUUGGUGCAACAACUUCACUCAAUUCCUGGUAGCAACAGGAGAUGCAAGUCGCCGCCACAUGGAACAAUCGAUUGAUCCCCACAAUAGAUGGUGGCCGUUAACAUUUCGACAUGAGAGCACACUUUCUCGCGUUGAAGAAGUUGGUCAGGAGGGACGCCUGGCAGGUAGUGGGACUUGGAUCAAUGCUCUAGGGUUGACGUCCUACAGAAAUCGCCAUACAGUUCCUGCCGGCGGACUAGCAGGCAACCUAGCUAUCAUGAUUGGGUUGAUAGCUUUUUCAUGCGAGUCGACAGAUCUUGAUACGGUGCUGUUGACUGAUCGGGCAUGGCGACGUGGUCGUUGGCAUGAUCAUGGAAGGAUUGAUGGACGUAUCGAUGAGAGAGGUGUCGUGGUUACUAUAUACCACGACCCUGAGAAUACUCAAGGCUCCACCAACGAUACUAUCUUCCCGCUAGAGUGGACUGGAGCUGCACUUCUGCACUAG